AUGCAUGGUGGGCCGGAUAGUGUAUACUACCUGGGGGACGUGUCAAUUGUGGCGAUGAUGAUGAGCGACAGCAGGGCGACAGAGGAGCAGGAUAGGAUGUGGGCCUUCUAUCGGAACGAGAGUGGCAAGUGCGCCUCCAAGCUUUCCGGCUCUCCACGACACUUUGACGGCGGCUCCACCGGAAGCUGGACGGGGCGAGGGGCGCACCUGAAGACAUUUCUUCCACCGCGGCGGACGGAACCGGCGGUGGUCAUCAGGGCGGCGGUGGCGGCAACAAGAACAGCAGCAGUGGUGGUGGCGUUGACGGCCCUGGCGUUUCCACGAGGACGACGACGACGACUCUCCUGGAUGACCCAGACCUGCAGUGUAGCAGUCCGGUCGUUUCCACUGUCGGGGUGCUGCGUCCGACCCCUCAGCGGGGAACAGGAAUGGGGAGGUGGGCUCCAACUGGGGUCCGUCCUCCUCGACACCCCUGGCCCAUCUCUGCAACAGCGGAGCGGUGGUGGUGAUGGCGACGUUGACGGCGGCAUGGGCUUGAUGGGCAAGACUAGCGGCGACGAAAGCCUGACCACCGAAGACCCGUACGUGCUGGCGUCCCUCAAGAGGGCCAUCGUCGAGCUGUACGACACCUGCCACCGGCUUCUGUCGUUUGAGAUGCUCAACUACGACGCCUUUGUGCGGAUGAUGGAACUGGAACUGCACCUCCGUUGUGUCGGGGCAGCCGGGAUAGUCGGCGCUCCUCCAGAGACCGAGACCGAGACCGCCAUGGUCGGCCGCCAAGAUGACCGGGGGUCGGUGGGUGUGGCGGCCGCGACGGCGGUGGUGCUGGAGACCGUCACGGAGGGAAGGCCGGGGGCGCUGUCGAAGGAGAAGGCGAUGAAGGUCUGGCUGCUCGAGGAGCCUCUUUUCUCGGCCCGGCUGCUCGAGGAGCCUCUUUUCUCGGCCCGCGGCCUCAACGGAUAUGUACGUACGCCUGUUUCGUAUGGGCAGGCAUGA